AAGUGAUUCCAUAUUCCAAUACUGAGGAUUGCUGAAAGCAGAGAUGUGCUUUUGAUUAGGGAUCAGUUUGAUACAUCACAGUAUGGCAAAUAGAUGGGGUGCAGGAAAAGGGCAGGCAUUGAUGAAGAGGGAGGGACGGAGGGAGGGAAAGGAGCUGAGACUUUCUAGAACUCAGUCUGCAGACAAAACUGGUGGAACAAGAAGCAAGAUUACUUUUUCCCAGCUCCAGUACCUCCUUUUUGAUAGAGACAGCUAUAAAUCAACUGGCAAAUUAGCUCAGAAAUGCUAACAAUAACUCAAGGUUUUAUAGUCCUGGUCAUUGUUUUGUUAAUUGUUGAGUUUUUCAGGCUGCAAAAAGCUUGCAAGCAAUUUCCUCCUGGACCAACUCCUCUCCCAUUGCUUGGAAACUUGGUGCACUUGAACUUUCAGUUUCAUCGGGAUCUUCUGAUGGAGCUGGCAAAAACUCAUGGUAACAUGUACACUCUGUGGUUUGGGUGGGUCCCAGUGAUUAUACUGAAUGGAUUUCAAGCAGUGAAGGAUGGCGUGACCACGCACCCUGAAGAUGUUUGUGGGAGGUUGGUGACACCUUUCUUCAGAGCACUGGCCAAAGGAAAAGGUAUUAUACUUGCAAGUGGGCGCUCCUGGAAGCAGCAGAGGCGUUUUGGAAUUAUGACUCUACGCAAUUUGGGAAUGGGGAAAAAAGGCCUGGAGCAUCGAGUGCAAGAGGAGGCCUCUCACCUGGUGGAGUUUUUUGUGAACCUCAAAGGAAGACCUGUGGAUCCUUCUUUCCCUCUUUUCCAUUCUAUUUCAAAUGUAAUUUGUGCUGUGGUUUUUGGAUAUCACUUCUCUGAUGAGGACAAAACCUUCCAUGAACUGAUCCAUGCUACAGAGAAAAUAUUCAGGUUUGCAGGCAGCUUUGUUCAUCAGAUGUACGAAAUCCUGCCCUGGCUGCUGUGUCACCUUCCUGGGCCUCAUAAGAAGGUGUUGGCUUGCUAUGAUGUCCUGAGUUCUUUUGCAAGGAAGGAGAUCAGAAGACAUGUAGAGAGAGGGAUACCAGCUGAACCACAGGAUUUCAUUGACUUUUACCUGGCUGAGAUUGAGAAAUCUAAAGAGGGGGCCAAGCCCAAGUAUGAUGAAGAGAAUUUGGUAUAUGUCAUAAAUGAUCUUUUCCUUGGUGGAUCAGAGACCUCAAGCACUACAUUGUACUGGGGACUGCUUUAUAUGGUGGUGAAUCCAGACAUCCAAGUGAAAGUGCAGGAGGAGCUGGAUGCUGUUCUGGGUCCUUCCCAGUUAAUUUGUUAUGAGGAUCGCAGAAAACUGCCCUACACAAAUGCUGUGGUUCACGAGAUUCAGCGCUUCAGCAACAUUGUCUUUGUUGGUGUCCCCAGAUUGUGUGUGAGGAACACAACUCUACUGGGAUUCCCUGUCAAAAAGGGCACCAUUGUUAUACCAAAUAUAGCAUCUGUUCUGUAUGACCCUGAGCAGUGGGAGACCCCUCGACAGUUCAACCCUGGCCAUUUUCUGGAUAAAGAAGGAAACUUUAUACCUCGAGAAGCUUUCUUACCAUUCUCAGCAGGGCACCGGGUGUGUUUGGGGGAGCACUUAGCCAGGACUGAGCUCUUCAUUUUCUUUGCCAGCCUGCUGCGGGCGUUCACCUUCUGCCUCCCCGAGGGAGUGACCAAGAUCAACACUGAGCCCAUUUUUGGGGGCACUCUGCAGCCCCACCCCUACAGGGUCUGUGCCAUCCCACGCUAGGCUGCAGCAGCCACAGGCCAGCAUGAGACAGCUUGAACCACUUUUACCUCCAUGAAUUUCCUCUCUAGUGUGUAAACCUCCUUCUGGCUAUUGAUAUUAGUCCACCCAGAGCUAUUCAGAAAGUGGAUGCAAGCCAAGAUCCAGAAUAACAAUAUUUUUUUGGUCUGCUCUUUGUGAAAGUCAUGGAUAUUCUCACAGGGAUCUUGCCCGUAUGUUCCCCUCUGAGAGCACUUGAAGCCAGAUGCUGCGGCUCCCAGCUGAGGCCAUGCUGUGUCCCCCUGUCCUAGCCCAGCCAAAUCAUCCUCAUGCUCAGUCCUGAGCAAACCUCAGGAAAAUUAAGAGUAUUUCAGCAAGAGCUGAGUAGGUGCCACUUCUGUGAGUGGCCAGAUGACCUCAAGUAAUUUGAUGGCGGAAAGCACACUUUUAAAGCUCUAUUUUGGCUUUAAUGACCUAAACUUAGCCAGUUUAAUUUGUCAACAGGUUGCAAAAAAAAAAAAAAAAAAAAAAAAAAGAAAAAACCAAACCAACUCCCAAAUCCCAGGAAAUACAAUUGAGUACGAGUGCCUUCACAUCUGAAUUUGAUGUUAAGUAUCAAGUAUCUCCCAUAUGCUAGGUAAAAAGUAAUUCUAAAGUGGAAGAAAGAAACUUAAAUUUGGUGUUUACCAUCAAUGUGAAUACUAUCAGUCUGAAUUUACAGCCUGAUUAUAGUUAUAUUGUCAAUUUUUUAGUUUAUUUUUUGUUUUAUUUUUAAAGAUGUAGAAUCACACCCAUUAUCAAUCCUGCUUGGAGGAGGCAUUGAAUGUGAGAUGCGAUAGUCACUUUGCAUGUGAGUUUCACUGCUAACUCCAUGACAGAGGAAGGUAGAAGCUUUAGAAGGCAGCCUCAAGGGUCUACCUGAACACUCAGAGAGUCUCUAUUUUCUCUGUACCCUUUACUUUUUUUAUUGCAGCUCAAACCACACUUCCUGGUCUUCAUUCAAAUCUCCCCUACCCUUUAUCAGUUCUUACUCCCACUUACCCUUUAUCCAUAUAAACUCUAUUUCAGUAUUCACAUUGAUGUGAUGACAUCAAGCUUCUCUCUCCUUUUUUCCUGCACAAAUAUUAGUAGAGGAAUCCAUGCUGAGCUCAAAAAAAUCACCAGUGUGUUUUCAGGAGGGAGCCAUCAAAAUGUCCUUUGAUAGAGGAAUUAAUUUGUUAUUUAACAUUGCUUUUAUAUCAUCUCUUGUAGUGUCUGCUCAACACCAACUCCACUUUAAUGCAAGCCCAUCUCCAACUCUUUUGGGACAGAAUGAAGUGUCUAUUUUAAAACAAACCUUCCAUUUAAAUCCUAUCAAUAUUUAGUACAACUGCAGGUUACCUCUGAUCUGAUGUCUGUUUAUAAAUUUUAAAAACAAAUCAUUCUUUCCCUGGAUAUCACAGGAUAUUGGUCCUCUGUGCUUGACUUGGGAGGGACUUUGUGGUGCCAUUGUGUUUAUUAAACCUCUACAAGUCA